AUUAAUACAAGGCAAUGACUUGGGUCUCACAAUGGAGGGUGAGAGGGAGGGGACGCACAAAGAAUAAGCACCUUCCACACUAAAGCAAUGAUUGCAGGCACUGCCGAUAGUACCUGAAAGAGGGAGAAAACGACUCCAAGGUUACAGGUACUGGGUGGUGCAGUAGCAUGAGAAGACACAUAUUUCUAUCUGUAGCCAUAGGACUCAUCCUGGUGUCCACGGGAGAUUGUGAGGUGGACUGUGAAAACUCAAAACACUGCCCCAAGACAGAAUGGAUGAGCCAGUGGUACAUAUGGCUUGUGGUUACUGCGGGAGUAUUGAUGCUAAUGUUGGGAGUCACCUGUGCCUGUCUACGUUGCUGGUACCUCCGACAACAACAGCAGUGCCCAGAGAGGGCAGGAGAGCAGCCUUGUGAAGUCACAGUCAUCGCCAUCGACCAUGACAGUACCAUCCAAAGUACUCUGACCUCUCUUCAGUCAGUGCUUGGCCCGGCUGCACGGAGGAUAUUCGCUGUGUCUCACUCCCAUGGUCCUCCACCUCAGUUCCAUUCUACUGGACCGGAGACCCCACCAUGUUACGAGGAGGCCCUGCGCAUGAGUAGAUUCACUGUCGCCCAGAGCACUCACAAACUUCCCUCUCUUGCCUCAGUUCCAGAAGAAAGGAAUGAAAUCCCUAUACCAUAGCAAAUGGACAAUACAUAAGGACGACCCUUAUACCUCACACACCAACAGUCGCUCACUACAAAUAGAAAAAAUACAUUGAAGAUUUUGGCUCUUCAGUCUAGAUUGUUUGUAAUAUAUUAUUAGCAACUUUCUUGUCAAUCAGUUGUCAGUAGCAGCUUAUCCAGGUGACGACAGAAUAUUUUUUUACAGAUCAUCAAGAAAUAUUUCAAGCAUUUUAUAUCUGAUUGGGGCAUGUUCCAUAAUAGUCAAAGGGCAUCAUCAUAAUUACCUUAGAUCAAAUUUAAGGACUCUCAUGAAACACCUUGCAAAAUACAUAUCUUUCAACAGGCUGCAUUCCACAAGACAACCACUGGGUGGCCACACAGAGUACAUUGCAACAACAAUAGUUUACCAUUAUAAAUAAUCACACUUUUACUAAUGUAGUCCGUCAUAUUAAUAAUAAAACUUCAGAUAUUAUACACAGAA